AUGUCCGUCGUCAAAGACAUGAAAGCCAGAGCGCAAGAUGAGCCCAGUGUAGAGAAAACCAGUGAACUUGCAACAGGAGAAAUUCGAGAUAUAGCAGCACAGCUGUUUACCGAAGCCGAUCAAAUAACUCCCGAGGAACUGGAGCAUGAAGGCGCUGAAGUGCGCAAGAUUCUCGACAGGCGUAUCAUGCCGAUUCUAUACCUGACAUACUGUGUUCAGUUUCUGGACAAGCUAUCGCUCAACUAUGCAUCUGCCUAUACGCUGAUUCCUGACCUGGGCUUGGAAGGCCAGAGGUACUCAUGGGUUGCUGCAAUAUUCAACUUUGGAUACCUUGCAUUUGCAAUUCCCUCGAACCUUCUCAUUCAGAGGCUUCCACUGGCAAAAUACAUGGGAAGCGUGCUUCUAAUCUGGGCCGGUUUGGUUAUUGCCCAUAUUGGCGCGAAAAACUACGCGGGGAUGCUAGUUUUGAGAUUCAUUCUUGGAAUGGCAGAAGCAGGUGUCAGCCCUUGCAUGAUGAACUUCACAUCCAUGUUCUACAAACGAUCUGAACAACCUUUGCGAAUGGCCAUCUGGCUCUCAGCGAAUGGGACAGCAACAAUGGUGGGAGCCCUAAUUGGGUUCGGCCUCGGCCACGUCCACAGCACCUCCCUCAAGAGCUGGCAGCUUAUAUUCCUCGUUAUUGGACUUAUGAACUUUGUUACGGCAAUCCUUUUCCUCUGGUUCGUUCCUGAUUCGCCCAACUCAGCAAAAUUCCUCACCCACAGACAACGCGUUAUUGCCGUCCAACGCGUCUCCGAAAACAUGAUAGGGGUCAAAACCAAACAGUUCAAAUUCCGACAAGUCCUUGAAUUAGCAUACGACGUUAAAGUCCUCUGCGUUUUGGGAAUGGGAAUAUCCUGUGGUGUGAUCAAUGGCGGCGUUUCCAACUUUGCUUCGUCCCUGAUUAAAGGAUACGGGUUCUCCGGAAUUUACGCUACUCUUCUUCAACUCCCAACAGGCGCCAUCGAAGCCGUGGUCGUCCCAAUUUGCGGUCUGAUCUCCACAUACGUCCGCGACUCCCGAUGCAUCGUCCUCGCCGUGAUCUGCCUCAUCCCGUUCGGCGGCCUGUUAGGCAUCCGUUUCACAGACCUGACGCACCGCUGGACAUUGGUCGGCUGCACCUGGCUCCAAUACAUAAUCGGCGCUCCGGUUAUCGUCUCGUGGAACCUGCUCACCACGAACGUGGCAGGACACACAAAACGCUCCAUUGCCAAUGGUCUCUGGUUUACGUUGUAUGCCGGCGGAAACGUUGCGGGUUCGAAUAUCUUCUUUGCGCGCGAGGCGCCCCGGUACUACUCCGCGCUGACUGGGUUGCUGGUUUGCUAUGCGGGGAUGAUUGUGUUAGCUGGCGUCGCCUAUGUUGUAAUGAAGAUGGAGAAUACCCGACGAAAUCGAAACAUGACGGUAGAUGAAAGCGUGGGACGGCAGGAUAGGGCUGUUUUGGAUGGGUUUAAAGAUAUGACGGAUAUGCAGUCGAAGGAUUUCCGGUAUGCGCUUUAA